AUGAAGGCUUAUAUAGCCUCAUCUCGACCAACGCAAGAUCAAAAGCAAAUUUGCUUCGCUGGUAGCGACCCCAUUGGUCCCCGGAAGGUUAAGCUAGACCACGACUCCCCAGGACAUGAAUUGGCUAUGUGUAUCUUGUUUUUGGGCAAAAUAAAAAUCAAAUAG